AUGAAGCUGAACAUCUCCUUCCCAGCCACUGGCUGCCAGAAACUCAUUGAAGUGGACGAUGAAUGCAAACUUCGUACAUUUUAUGAGAAGCGUAUGGCCACAGAAGUUGCUGCUGACGCUCUGGGUGAAGAAUGGAAGGGUGUCUUGACCCAUGGCCGUGUCCGCCUGCUGCUGAGUAAGGGGCAUUCCUGUUACAGACCAAGGAGAACGAGAGAAAGAAAGAGAAAAUCAGUUCGUGGUUGCAUUGUGGAUGCCAAUCUGAGCAUUCUCAACUUGGUUAUUGUAAAAAAAGGAGAGAAGGAUAUUCCUGGACUGACUGAUACUACAGUGCCUCGCCGCCUGGACCCCAAAAGAGCUAGCAGAAUCCGCAAACUUUUCAAUCUCUCUAAAGAAGAUGACGUCCGCCAGUAUGUUGUGAGAAAGCCCUUAAACAAAGAAGGUAAGAAACCUAGGACCAAAGCACCCAAGAUUCAGCGUCUUGUUACUCCACGUGUCUUGCAGCACAAACGGCGGCGUAUUGCUCUGAAGAAGCAGUGUACUAAGAAAAACAAGGAAGAGGCUGGAGAAUAUGCUAAACUUUUGGCCAAAAGAAUGAAGGAGGCUAAGGAGAAGUGCCAAGAACAAAUUGCGAAGAGACGCAGACUUUCCUCUCUGCGAGCUUCUACUUCUAAGUCUGAAUCCAGUCAGAAAUAACUUUUUGAGUAACAAAUAAAUAAGAUCAGACUCGG